AUGCCACCAGACGAAUAUCGGCGCGGCGACAGCACCAGACGCAAGAACGUUGCCAAAGACCAUCUGAGUCGAAAGGCGAGAAAGACCAAGCGACUAAACAGGGCGGCCACCAUGAAACGCCUUGCAACCCUGCGUAAGAAAGACCACGCGCCGGCCGUGCCGUCGCCCCUGGGCAAAAAAAACCUUUCUAUCGACAGCGUGCCGACGCCGACACCCCCGGGGAACGACUCGAGCGCAAAGUCUCCCAGUCCGACGCCUUCGCCGGCUGUGCCCUCGCCGCCCGGUACGCCGUCUCGCGAGACCUUGGAUUGGGACAAGUGGUAUCGUUCCCAGGGGCCGCGGGCGGAGAAUUGGGAGGAGGACAUUCGCCGAAGCAUCAGUGAGCUGUGGAACGAUACGGAAGCGGACGACAACAGUGGCCGAUCCGGCGAUGUCCCUACCGUAUUGCAGCCCCCGGUCGGGUCGCAGAGGCCUUCAAGCGGACCGUCGAGCUCAGAAUCGCACCACACCGAGUACGCGGCUGCGUACAUGGCUUCCGUUGGCGGCCGUUCCGCCUCGCCGCGUCUCGGCAGACAGCAACAGCGGUCAAGCUCGGACUCUCGCGAGAGACCAUCGCUGCGACGUACCAAGACUCGUCGUCCUGAUGCGAUGGAUUGGGAGUCGGACGCGCCCAAGGAGCCGAAAAAGGAGUGA